AUCACAAGCGGAAUAACGUCACUAUCCGUUUCCGGGCAGCGGUCUUCGAGGCCUGUCCUCGUGUGUCGGGCCGGCGGACUCGCUUUCUGCCUGUUUUUGCCGGGUCUUUGACGGUUAUGGCGGUCCGGGCGAGCUUCGAGAACAACAACGAGAUCGGCUGCUUCGCCAAGCUCACCAACGCCUACUGCCUGGUGGCCAUUGGAGGCUCCGAGGGCUUCUACAGUGUAUUCGAGGGAGAGCUUUCUGACACCAUUCCUGUAAUUCAUGCUUCUAUUGCUGGAUGUCGAAUCAUUGGCAGAAUGUGUGUGGGUAACCGGCAUGGUUUACUAGUCCCAAACAAUACUACUGACCAGGAACUUCAGCAUAUUCGAAACUGCCUUCCUGACUCAGUGCGAAUCCAGAGGGUGGAAGAACGUCUUUCUGCAUUGGGCAAUGUCACUGCAUGCAAUGACUACGUAGCACUUGCCCACCCAGACAUUGACAGAGAGACAGAAGAGAUUUUAGCUGAUGUAUUAAAAGUCGAAGUAUUCAGACAGACAAUAGCAGACCAAGUACUUGUGGGAAGUUACUGCACAUUCAGCAACCAGGGAGGAUUGGUACACCCUAAGACUUCUAUAGAAGAUCAGGAUGAGCUUUCCUCGUUGUUGCAAGUCCCCCUUGUGGCUGGAACUGUUAAUCGUGGCAGUGAGGUGAUUGCAGCUGGAAUGGUUGUGAAUGAUUGGUGUGCCUUCUGUGGCCUGGACACAACCAGCACAGAAUUAUCUGUUAUUGAGAGUGUCUUCAAACUUAAUGAAGCACAGCCAAGUACCAUUGCUACCACUAUGAGAGAUUCUUUGAUUGACAGCUUAACAUGAUGUUCUCCAGAAACACUGCAGGUGUGAAAUGCCAAAUUGUGAUCUUGACUGCUCACUGAAGCAAAUUCAUCCAGGCCAAGAAGGAGAUCUCUACUACAAUCAUAGUUUCAAAAGCAUAUUAUUCUAAAUUCCCUUCCCUUGGCAAGACAGACUUGAACAAGAAAAAAACAUUAUGUUCCUUUGUUUCGUUAAUGUGUUCUUUUCCUUUCAUUAAUUCAUGAGGUAAAGUUUAGAACUUGAUACAUACAUGCAAUCACAAUAAGGAAAAGAAUUAUUAUUUUUUUCCCAGUAUUCACCAGAAUGCUGCAUGAAGAAUCCUGAUGGUUUUCUGUUCAGAAAUGGCUGGCAUUUGUUUGAUUUCAGUCUGGAAGUUUUCAAGAUAACAUUUCCUUAGCCAGCUAGAUCAGAACAAUGUAGCCUAUGUUACUAUCAUGCAUCAUUGUAUAUCCAAAACAAUGUUUUAAGGGGCUGAAAGAAUCUCUGGAAUAUUUCAACAAAGCCAAACAUUCAGUAAGAUUUUUAGGAGGUUAUAUAAAUAGAAUCUGGUUUGUCCAUAUGUGACGUCACUGAAAAGCCAAAGAGAACUGUUAUCUGUUCUUUAAUAGAAAGUCUUUCUCUAUCAGGAAAAAUAGAUUUAAUUUGAAACUGUUCUUUUUCUGAUGCCUUCAUGCUUAUCUUUUAAUAUAAAAAUGUAUUGCUUCAAUGUCUUACAAGGUUACCAUCUUAGCUGUUGCUUAAAAAAGAACUUGCAGUUAUAUAAUUUGGAAUUAAAGACCUUUUAUGAUAGCAACACAGUCAGGUUAAACUUAAAGCUUUAAUAAACCUUAAUCCUUUGAACUAAUUGGUAUGGAACUGAGGUGAAUCUUGAAACAAGAGCUGGCUGUAUCAAAUUGAAGUUACAUGUUAGACUGCAACUUUUGCUUUAUCAAUCUAGUGUACUGUAGUUUGCUGUCUUGAACAUACACUAAAAUGAUAAAAACUCAUUGCCAUAUAUGUAUUCCUUAGCAGAAUUGCUUUGUAUCUCCCAUUUGAAGUGAUGAUACAUGUAAGUGAUCAGACUGACGCAGUCUCAUCUGUUCUCUCUGUAGCUCAUGCAUGACACACACAAAUAAAAGAAAGGGGUAAGCUGGAGGUAAAUGAAAAAUAUUACAUACUUAACCUUCAACUGCUGCCUAUUGCUUAGCCUCUCAACAGAAUCAACCUUUGCUCUCUUGACUCAUAAAUGUGGACUCCUGCAGUUUUCAUACACUGCUGAGAGAAGCUAGGAAAGACUUAACUCACAGUCAAUAUAAAUUGAAUAUAGACUUUUAGUAGUAUAAGAUACUACUGUAAAAUUUAGUAGGAUAAGAUUAGUAUAAGUAGUAUGACGACAGAGCUAAGUUAACUUACACUUUUGUAAUAAGUUCCAUUGUAGAUAUAGUAAUUCUUUCAUUAAAAUAUCAAGAAAGGCAAUUAGUUGCUAACUAUAUAUAGCACCCAAGGAUGGCUUCGACCAUGAUUAAAGGCUGCAACAUAAACCAUAGCAUCUAACUACUGAAUCUAUUGAGUCCAGUGGCUUAUAGCCAAUCCCCAAUUUAUGCACUGUUUUGGAAAAUCUUGCAUAACUUCAGGUUGCAUGUUCAUCUGGAUGCUGUACUAUUUUGUGUUCUGUGCAAAGUUCACAUUUGUAUGCAUUUAGAAAAUGCUCAGUAAAGCUGAAUUUAUGUAAAUCGGGUUGUACAUAAUCCGGGAAAUGUUUGUAUUUUUAAAUGGGAAUUUACAGGGCCAGACAUUGUUUCCAUCAUUUGGCUCUACUUGUGGAGUGUAGGUAGAUAAGCAGUAAACUGAAAUUCACAUUUUUGCUAUGGUAGUAAACAAAAAUAAACAGUGAACUUACAUCUUAGAAACUGACAAGAUUUCUUGGACCAUUAAUGAGAUAAUCAGAUUUUAAAGCAUUUUAAUGAUGUGGUACAGAUAAUUAGUUUUAGAAUGAAUUUGACAAAAUUGUAGCCCUUUGGAAAUGAUAAAUUCUUUCAAUAAAUCUAUCAGGCUUUGAUUUCAUGAAAAUUUCAUUUGUAUCAUAGUAGAAGUGUAAAGCUUUUGUUAACAGCCGAAUCUGAUGUGUGACAUAUUCUUAACAGUGGGUGAGGUCAGGCUUCCAAUAUUUGUGAUUUUUUUUCUCCAAUGUUUUUAAAAGCACCCUAAACCUUUGCAAGGCUUAGAGCACCCACUUUACUCCUUCUGUCCCUCUUCAUACAAAAUAAGACAAGCUAUGUACUUGAUUCAGCCUCUUUGGAGGCAUGAGAAAUGGAUAAUAGCAAUAUUUUUGCCAAUGACUGAAUCAAGUUACUUUACAAAGCUUUAAUCUGGGCCCAAAACUAAGGGGAGGAAAAAUAUUUUAAGAUAAUUGACAGAAUAACAUUGAAGAAAGGUUUGCUAGUUUUAAAUGCAUGUGCAAGCAGGCCUUUUCAUAUCAGCGCUGAAAACAGAAAAUGUCUCUUAAGUCCUAUAUGAUCGAAAGAAAAGCUAAGGCUGAAAUAAUUUAAUCCAAGUUCGUACUAUAAACCAAGCAUGAGCAUAGUACAUAAAGUAUUUUAUCUGAUGUAAGGCUUGAGAUGAAAUUGCAGCAGCAAUUCUCAAUACACCUGAAGGUGGGAGAUGUGACCCCUCAACACUAUUCUAGCCAAUUAUACUAAACUCAGUAUCAAAGAGAGGAAGUACAAACUUGAUCCCCAAGCAAUAUCAAAUCAGCAUAUAUUUCUAUUAACCAACACUGUAGUUUAAUAACUUGGCAUUAAAUCCAAUUGGAAUUUUUUUU